AUGGUUGCCAAGGUCAAGGACAAGUUUUUAACCACAUAUUUGUUUGUGCUCAUUGGAGGGGAAGGAAGAAGGGACCGUCCCAAUGACACCUAUCCAGAGGGAUACAUCUGCUGCCUUACCUCCAAGGAGACCAAGUAUCUUCAAGUGACAGAAGUGCUCCACAAACUAAAGCUACAGAGUAGAGGGAUACUGAGAGAAGAGAAGCAGCCAGCCUCGGCCCAGUCCACCCCAAGCAACAGCCCCCACUCUUCCCUUAAGCACAAGUCCAGAGGCUGGUUCACUUCUGGUCCUUCCACAGCCUUACCUGGCCCAUAUCCUGGCACCAUGGAUUCUGCAAGUGGGGACAAGGACAAAAACUUGGUGGAUAAAUGGAGACUUUUUGGACCAAGAUCCCUCCAGAAGUCUGAUUCAGGAGGUUUUGCCAUCCAGACUUACAGAGGAGCCCAGAAGCCUCCAAUGGAACUGAUUCAUGUCCAGGCCACCCAAAUGGCCAAAGAUCCAGCAACCUUCAAGCCACCCAAGAUGGACAUCCUAUUGAUGGAAGGGAAGAAACCACUGCCGCAGACCCAUAAUCUCAAACCCCUUGACUUAAAUGUGCUCACACCCACUGGCUUCUAGAGCUCUUUGUAUUCCAGGGACUCUGGAUAGAGGGUAUCUUGUACCCAACUCCC